UUCAAUCAGUGGAGGACAAAUUCUUCCGAAGGGAAAGGAAGCAAAAAGCAGCCCUAACCCUAAUUCUAGCCAUUGUUUCAGAAAGCAGCAGAUUCAAAGCAAAAGGUAUCCCAUCCACCAAUAGACAAUGCCGAUUACCCCCUGGUUGUUGGCUAUAUAAAGGGCAAUACCACACUGGCUUGAAGCACCAAGCAAUCCACAAAGCCAGUAAGAAGUAAGAAACCUCCUUCUAUCUCACUUGUCAGGGCCUGAAUGCAGUGCUACAUACCUGCUAAUGAACAGUGCCAGCAAAAGUGUUCCGAAAACUUUUAUGGUGUUGAGCACAAAGAGCACCAUGGACACCAGUAUGGCGCCUAUGGCAAUACUAGCGGCCAGACUCAUCAGUAUGGCAAACCCCAUGGCCAGACUCCUCAGUAUGGCCAAACCCAUGCAUACAAUCACAACUACACCGUGCCGAAAACACAGACCGAGUGCUAUAGCGAAACCCAGGAGUCAUACUACCUUGAGACCAAUACGGCCAGACCUGAUCAGUCGUAUGGUCAAGCCUACGGCCAGAGUCCUUGCUCUGUGACUCAAACCCAUGGCUAUCCCAAUGGGCAUGCUCAGAAUGACAGUCACGACCAAGCAUCUUAUGGUUUGGCUUGCCAUGAAAGGACUGGAAAGCACAAGAAGGCAGGGAAAAUGUGCAAGACCAAAUGCAAGACCGGCUACCAAAGUGGUAGUGACAGCGGCAGCGACUGUGACAGUGACUGAAGAUGCAUGCAAAAUAAAGAGGUAAUAAUAACACUUGUGGAGAAGAAAUAAGAGUAACUGCCUUGCAAUGUAUUAAAUAAAUAAGAUGAAGACUGGAUGACAUGCUUCACAAGUGUGGUACUGUAUCCUAUGUAAGAAAUAAAUGGUUUGUGUUUAA